AUGAAAAUCAAUGUAUCCCGUCCAUUACAGUUUUUACAAUGGAGUUCAUAUAUUGUUGUUGCAUUUCUGAUACAAUUGCUAAUCAUUCUUCCUUUAUCGAUCUUAAUAUAUCACGAUUUUUACCUAAGACUAUUACCUGCCGAUUCCUCUAACGUAGUCCCCCUUAAUACGUUCAACAUUUUAAAUGGCGUACAAUUUGGUACAAAAUUCUUCCAAUCUAUUAAAAGCAUUCCGGUAGGUACAGAUCUGCCGCAAACAAUAGACAAUGGCUUAUCACAGUUAAUCCCCAUGCGUGACAACAUGGAAUACAAGCUCGAUCUAAACCUACAGCUUUAUUGCCAGAGCAAAACUGACCAUUUAAAUUUAGACAAUUUGUUAAUUGAUGUUUACAGAGGUCCAGGCCCGCUAUUGGGUGCUCCUGGAGGAAGUAACAGCAAAGAUGAAAAAAUCUUUCACACUUCUAGACCUAUUGUCUGCCUCGCACUGACGGAUUCCAUGUCGCCUCAGGAGAUCGAACAACUAGGCCCAUCACGUCUAGACGUUUACGAUGAAGAAUGGCUAAAUACAAUAAGAAUAGAGGACAAAAUAUCGUUAGAGUCUUCAUAUGAAACAAUCUCGGUGUUCUUGAAAACGGAGAUUGCCCAAAGAAAUCUAAUAAUACAUCCAGAAAGUGGGAUUAAGUUUAGGAUGAAUUUUGAGCAGGGAUUAAGAAACUUGAUGCUUCGAAAAAGAUUUUUAUCUUAUAUUAUUGGCAUUUCAAUUUUCCAUUGCAUAAUAUGUGUACUUUUUUUUAUCACAGGUUGCACUGCAUUCAUUUUUGUUAGAAAGGGUCAGGAAAAAUCCAAGAAACAUAGCUGA